ACUUUUUAUCGACGUAUUUCGUCAAUAAGGUUAUAGGUUAUGUGAUUAAAUCCAAGUUUCUACAUUGAAAACAUUAAGUAAUUUAAAGAUAACAGAAUCUGAGGGAUAUGUAAUAUUCUUAUUACCCGCUCCAGUACUACUGAUACAUAAAUUCCAAUAUUUCGUUGAAAAUAUUAUGGAGUUCGUACUUUAAAUAUUAAAAAAUGUGGAGAUUCAGAAAAAUUAUUCUUAAAUUACCUACAGAUGCUGCUAGAUAUUAUGGUACGUCGAAAAACAAAGUAAUAGCAAUUCGAAGAGAGGAUCAAAGCAUCUGGGAGAGAAGAGCUCCUUUCGCUCCUUACCAUGUGAGAAAACUAGUCAAAAAAGGUAUAAAAGUCAUAGUUCAGCCAAGUAAUAGACGAGCGUACCCCAUGCAGGCAUACCUCAAUGCAGGAGCAACGGUACACGAAGACAUCUCCGAAGCAUCUGUCAUAUUUGGCGUGAAACAAGUACCAGUAGAACAACUAAUACCUGAAAAAACGUACUGUAUGUUUUCGCACACAAUCAAAGCUCAAGAGAGUAAUUUACCUUUACUAGACGCUAUUUUGGAAAAGAAAAUUCGCCUUAUCGAUUAUGAAAAACUCAUGAACGAAAAGGGCAAUAGGGUAGUGGCGUUUGGGAAAAUGGCCGGUAUUGCAGGAACUAUCAAUAUCUUACACGGUCUUGGAUUGAGGCUGUUAGCUCUCGGUCAUCAUACACCUUUCAUGCACAUAGGACCACCACAUAAUUAUAGAAAUUCUAGUAUGGCUAGACAAGCUGUCAGGGAUGCGGGUUACGAAAUAGCACUGGGAUUAAUGCCUAAAUCGAUUGGUCCUCUUACAUUUGUCUUCACCGGGUCAGGAAAUGUAUCUCAAGGGUCACAGGAAGUGUUUCAGGAACUGCCUCACGAGUACGUUACGCCAGAAUUUUUGAGAAAAGCAGCCGAACAUGGUAGUUUGAAUAAAGUUUAUGGAUGUGAGGUUAGAAGAAAUCAUUAUCUUGAAAGAGCAGAUGGAGGAGGUUUUGAUCCAGUCGAAUACGAGGAGCAUCCGGAAAGAUAUAUUUCUACGUUUAGUAAAAAAAUUGCUCCCUAUGCUUCGGUUAUUAUAAAUGGAAUAUACUGGGCGGUGAAUAGUCCAAAAUUAUUAACUAUCCCUGACGCUAAACAUCUCCUUAAGUCUGCACAUACCCCGUGGUUACCUACUUCACAUGGAUCUCCAGCGCUGCCACAUAGAAUGUUGGGUAUUUGUGAUAUUUCAGCUGAUCCAGGUGGUUCUAUUGAAUUUAUGAACGAAUGUACAACUAUUGAUACACCUUUCUGUUUGUAUGACGCCGACAGAAACAAAGAUACCAACAGUUUCAAUGGUCCGGGAGUAUUAGUAUGCAGUAUAGAUAAUAUGCCGACACAAAUACCAAGAGAAAGUACAGAUUUCUUCGGAGAUCUUCUGUUUCCAUUCACUACCGACAUUUUACAGAGUAACGCUCAAAGACCCUUGGAAAGUCACAAUUUUUCACCAGUUAUAAAUGGGGCAAUUAUAGCUAGCAAUGGUAAACUAACCCCAAAUUAUGAAUAUAUUACAGAACUUAGAAAAAGUGCGGCAAGAAGUAGACUAAAAUCAGAUACUAGUGGCACUACACCUUCGAAAAACGUACUUAUAUUAGGUGCUGGUAGAGUAGCAGCUCCUCUCGUUGAAUAUUUAUGCAGAGAUGAUUCAAUUGGUGUUACUGUCGCUUGUGAACAAACAGAACUUGGAAAUGCGAUAUCAAAUAAAUAUUCUAGAGUGGAAAGUGUUUAUUUAAACGCUGCAGAAAAUACUGAAUGCUUACAAGAUUUAGUAAAGAAAGCAAAUGUUGUAGUAUCAAUAUUACCAGCUAAUCUUCAUCCCUUAGUAGCAGAGACGUGCGUUUCAGAAGGGGUCCAUAUGGUUACAGCAAGUUAUAUGUCGAACGAAAUUAGAGAUCUACAUGAAGCGGCGCAAAAAGCUGGAGUUACAAUUCUGAAUGAAGUUGGACUAGACCCAGGAAUCGACCAUUUGCUGGCUUUAGAAUGUAUUGAAGAAGUUAAAGCAAACGGAGGAACAGUAACUUCAUUCGAGUCAUAUUGUGGAGGACUACCAGCCCCUGAGUAUAGUGACAAUCCUUUGAGAUAUAAAUUUUCUUGGUCGCCACGCGGAGCUCUUAUCAAUAGUCUUGGAUCAGCAAGAUACCUAAGAAAAGGACAAAUUGUAGAAAUCAGCGAAGGUGGCGAGCUCAUGAGAGCGGCUAAACCUUUAGAUUUCCUCCCUGGAUUUAAUUUAGAGGGAUUUCCUAACAGAGAUAGUAUAAAAUAUUCGAAAAUUUACGGUAUUGAAGAAGCGAACACAGUUUUACGAGGUACAAUAAGAUAUAGUGGAUUUGCACACGCUAUUAGACAACUGCAAUUUUUGGGAUUGUUGGAUGUCCAACCCCAUCCCAGUCUUCACCAACAAGGACCAGAUGUAACAUGGAGAAAAUUGAUUUGCGAUCUAUUAGGACUCGAAGACGCCAACAUGUUUUAUGAUAAUUUAAAAAAUAAAAUUAGCGAACGAACUGGAACCGAUAACGCCGUCGAUAUUUUAGAAGAAUUGGGGUUAUUAGAUGAAAAUAACAUUUUGAAAUGCGGAACGCCGUUAGAUACACUUACACAGUACUUAUCAACAAAAUUAGCUUUAGAAAAACAUGAAAGAGAUUUGGUAAUCUUACGACACGAAGUUGAGAUAGUUUGGCCGAACAAUAAAACAGAAAGUAGAGGAAUAAAUUUAGUUGUAUAUGGUGACAGUAACGGGCAUUCUGCUAUGGCUAAAACUGUCGGCUACCCUACAGCUAUUGCUACAAAAAUGGUUUUAGAUGGUGAAAUCCAGGAAAGAGGAUCCAUAUUACCAUUUGCACCAGAAGUAUAUCGACCAAUCUUGCAAAGAUUACGAGCUGAAGGUAUAACAAAUACUGAGACAUCAAAAUUUUUAUAAAUAAACGAACUAAUCAUUUAUGAAAACAAAACCGAAUUCAAUAAAUUGUUUGUAAUGUU